AUAUGUUUAAUUUAAUUAAUAAAAAAGUGUUUGUUAGUGGGGUUGUGGGGCGGCGGGCGAGGGUUGUGGGCCGUGGCGACUGGCGAGCCAUGUGACUCGGUACUACGCAGCGACCUUCGUGGCCGCGUGCUCUAGUAUAAUCUGGUCGGGUGCGACAGCGGCGUUGGGCCGGCGGCCACGGCAUAACCACCCUUCACCACGAAUACCGGCAUCAUGAAACCUCGCGACGACUAUAGAAACGGCGAUGGUGGAGCAACUUCUUCAGCGUCAAGGUCAGACGACAGCGAUGGGGAAGAGACAAGCGCACUGGAGCAAGAGUUACAGCUGGACGAUCCAGAGGCUCCAGCGAGAACCCUCGCUUCUCUAAACGCGCUGCGAAAAGCUCGGCAGCAUUACGAUGUGCUACUGGCGGCGGCAGGCGAGGAGGUGGCGGCCCACCGCGCCAUUUUGGCUGCCGUCUCCCCCUGCCUGCUCGCUAUGCUGGGCGAGCCGCCCGCCACGGCCGCGCCCGUAACGUUACGUAUGCCCGGCGUGGACGCGGACGCGUUACGCGAGCUGGUCGAAUACGCUUACACGGGGAAGCUACGCGUGCGUGACACGGCUGCCGCCCGGCGCGUGUACUGUGCGGCGACCAAGCUGCGCGUGGAGCCGGUGCGGGCUCAUCUCGCUGAACGGCUGUUGCGGCACGUGACGCCAAGCGACUGCCUUGCGCUGCGAGGCCUGCCCGAUCUCGCUCUACAAUAUCGUACACAACUCGACGCGUACAUUGCUGAGAACUUCGACGAGAUAUGCUCAAGCGGCGCGCUGGCGGCGUUACCGCUGAUCCGCAUAGAGCUGCUGCGCGAGACGAGCGCUGAGGGCGGGGAAGAGGCGCCCGCUGCGGUGGCCGACGCAGCCCUCGCCUGGUUGCGCGACCAUCAUGCUGCCAACUUCGACUUGGACGAGCUGUGCUCGCGCACACACUUGCUGUUCGUGGACGGGUCGGGCGCGCUGCGCGACUGCGGCGAGCUGCCGGCGGCGAGCGGCGACGCGCCCGAGCUGCAGGAGUACCGGCGCGAGAGGGAGCGCGAGCGGACCACGCGCCGGCGGGACCGGUUUAACGCCACGCCUUUCCCGGAAGACGACCGCGUACCAGCACAGCCUCAGUCACAGAGCGGCGGGCAGACGGAGUGCUCAGUGAUCGCGGCGCGCGCAGGCGCGUGCGGCGUGACGCGCGCCGUGGUGGCGCUGCGCGGGCGGUUGGCGGCGGCGCGCGUGGCGUGGCGCGCGGGCGGGGCGGACGGGCCGCGCGGGGGGAGGUUAGCGGCGGAGGGUGCGGGUCGGGCGCGCGCGCACAUGUCCGUAGGCCGCUGCGCCGUGGGCGCGGCCGCGGUGGGCUCGCGGCUGCUCGUGUGCGGCGGCUACGACCGCGUCAGGGUGCUGCGCGCGGCGGAGGCCUACGACCCGCGCACCAACGAGUGGACGCCCUUGCCGGACAUGAAGCGAGCCCGAGCGAGGUUCCCCGCUGCUCGCCUCGGUAACGCCCUCUACGUGUUCGGCGGCUCCGACGGCCAGACCGAGCUGGACUCCGUUGAUGUCUACGAGGAGAAAGAGGGAGGCGGAGGAGCGUGGCGCGCACGCGCCAAAAUGCCGCUGGCGCGCUCUUACGCGGCCGCGGCGGCGGACGAUGCGCGCGGCGCGCUGUACGUGGUGGGAGGCUGGGCCGGCGGCCGCAGUCUGCGCGCCGUGCACCGCUACGUGCCAGAUAGCGACACGUGGAGCGAGGCGCCCGCGCUGAACACGGGGCGCUCGCAGUGCGCGGGCGUGGUGUGGGAGGACGCGCUGUGGGUGUUCGGUGGCUGCGACAACUGGAACUGCAUCGCUUCCACGGAGACGCUCUCUCUCAAGGACGAAGGGGCUGUUUGGGUCGAAGGUCCGCCACUGGGAACGGCGCGGCGCUCAGUGGGCGCGGCGGUGUGGCGCGCGCACGCGGUGGUAGCGGGCGGGUCCGCGGGCGCGGCGUCCUUGCGGGACACGGCCUUCCUGUCCCGCGGCGAUGCUGCCUGGAAAUCGGGACCCAUGCUGCGGCGCCCGCGCGCCGCGCCCGCACUCGUCGCGCUCGACGAUGUUCUCUACGCCGUAGGGGGAUUCUCUGGCAAGGAGUUCCUGGCGUGCGUCGAGUGCCUGUACGAGCCGGACGGCCAGUGGACGACGCUCUGCUCGCCGCCGGGCCCGGCCUCGCUUGUCAGCACGCUUGAUGAUCUGUCUCUACACUCACAGAAGCAGGAGAUCGCGCCGCAGGAGAACGGCGUGAGCGCGCAGUGACGCCUCCGCCACGCACAUUCCAAGCGCCGCGCGCGCAUUUUAUCCCCUGUUAACAGCAUUUAUCUCAGAGUAACGAUUAUGUAAUUGAGCAUCCAUAUUAUUUACUUUUCUUUAAUCACUGCCCGAUGUCAUGAAUGGAGGAAGUUCUUCUUUCGGCUGUAUAUUAUUUGUAUGUUCGGGUCCAAAACUUCAACUCCAUACACAUUUUUGUUCAAAAAGAUGCUUGAGAAUUUGUUCUGUUAUAAGUAGAAACGUGCAUUUUUUUUAAAGCAAUACUCAUGAAAACUGGAUUUUGUUUUCCGAAUGUCAUUUUCAUCAUUUCUGACUUGUAAUUGUAAAAAUUGUAUGCGUAUUUUUCCUUCAACUAUGGUAAAUUAAGGUACACAGACGCAUGACUAUGUCAAAUUAGCCAUUAGCAAAGAAACAGACUGAACAGUUUUAUAUACACACCUACUUUUAUAUGUAAUUGUUUCAGUACUGAAUUCAGGCAUUCCAAUAAAGUUAUACUCUUUAUCUCUUAGUUAAGCUCGUUAUCUCAUUGUUACUCUGAGGCAUUUACAAAAUAAAGAUUUUAUAUAGUAGGAACUGUUAGCGUAUUGUUUCCGAUGCCAUAUUUCGGAACGUUUGUUUAAGGGCCAUCGCAGACACGUUGCUUUUAACAUCAGCGAAUUUGGUGCAUCGAUGUUGCAUCGAUGCACGACGUUUUGACGACUUAUCAUGGAAAUUGAAAAAUCGACUUGAUCGCUGCAACUGGAGCUUGUAUGGAAGUAGAGCGUUCGAACGCGGAAGCAUUGAGCUUCUCAAAAACGCAACUAAAUUGUUGAUCGCAGUUGCUAAAGGCAUCGUUUCUGCUAUGGCCCUUAAAUCCACUUGCACCAACCCGUUAAAUGUAUGUAAGUUAAAUUUUCUAUAUCUGUCUUUUUCUUGCCACCCUGGAAUGAACUUCUAAAAAAGUAACAGCAUGACAAAAAAUUAACUAAAUCAAAUGGAGCAGUUUGGUGCAAGUAGGGCUUAGUAUUUUAACCUUGAGUAUUAUAUUUAAUGUUUAGAUGAAAUUAGGAAUUUAAAAAAAAAUGUAUAUAAUAUGUCGCAGCGAAAUGGUAUAAGCCUAGUUAGCCAAAUUCCUUAGUGAUAUGACUAACGCCCGGGAGAUGUUAAAACGACUGCGGCCGGGCACAUGAAUAUUUAUGUUCUGAUCUAAUUUAACCUUACUUUAGAUUUUGAUACUCAGAUUUCGUUCUGAACCAUUUCCGAUGUAAUCGUAAAAUCCCAGAGGAAGAAGAAGAGCGCCAAAAUCUACAGUUUGGGUAGGUUAGAUUAGAACAUAAAUAGUCAUGUGUGUACUUAGGUUCUAUUGGGUAAUAUUAUCAGAUGCUCCGUAUUUUAUAAUACCACUAGAUUUGUUUAUUGAAAUAGUCUAAUUAGUUGUCGUUUUAUCAUCUCCCGGGCGUUAGCCAAAUCUCUAAGGAAGUUGGCUAACUCCCGGCUUAUGCCAUAUCGCUGCGACAUAUUAUAUUAAGCACCACAGUUCAUGACCAACGCAUUAAGAAUUUUUAUGAAAUCUGUUUCGUUCGGUGCGCCCAAGUUUACUGAUCACCUUUAUUUGAGACAUGGGAACGCAGUUUUACAUUGGAUUGAAACGACUUAUAAAAAUCCUCUAUUUGCCAUCAAAUUGGUAAAAUCAGUGCAUUUGUGAACUUAUACAUAUAUCGUGGUAUAUAAUGUAUUUUUUAAUCAGCCCCGUGCGUUAUCUAAUCUACCUCAAAAUUUUUUGUGUGGUGUUUCCGAAACUAAUAUUAGGAAUCGGAAGAUAUCCAAUUCGGCCCAUAGAAAUUAAAGUUCGUAAAAACGCGGCUGCGAAUUGAUGCCUUUACACGCAUUUUUAUAAAAUCUUAUUUAUAAUUGCCAGGAAUCGUUGUGUAUUUAUGUAUGAUGUAUUGUAUAUUAUGUCCUUAUGUUUUUUAAUCCAUUUUAAAGUCCGUGAAACACAACACCGCCUUGAUAAUUCAAGGCGGCGGAUAAUUCAAUAAUUCGCCUAGCGAUAAAAAAAAACGAUUUUUAAGUGUGAGUUCCAUUACAGAACAAAAUCGGUUUGUAAGCAAAGUAUUUAGCUUGCAAACCGUUCUUUUCAAAUAGCAAUUGACAGUUUGAGGUCAUUGACGUACCUUUACUUACUAUGAUCGCAUCAUAUAUCGUGAAACUUUACUUCUCCAUAAUAUAGAUUUAAGAUAAUUAAGCAAAUCGAAUUUAGCACAUUGUAAUGAACUAAACUUAAAGCAUGCAUUCCAUACUAACACUCAUUUGACGAGAUGUAGGCUUUCUUUACCCAGAGUAACAUAAAGCGACAUUGCGGCAUGCCACAGGGCCGCAAACGUACAUACCUACCAUAAUUUAAAAUGUACCAAGAAUCAUCAAUCUAUUUAAAGCUGGAUUAAAUAGAUUGCCGCGUGCAUAGAGCUACAAUAAUAAUGUUUUCAUUAGUGGCAUGUCCCAUUGUCGCUUAUUGUUUCUCCAGCGUAAAACAGCCCGGCUUCGUUUUAAUCGAUAUAUGAUAUCGAUAUGAGAUAUUUUCUUAAUCCGCCACCGGUGAAAUUAAUCAAGAUUUUUCGUUUAUUGUUUAAAUACAAUGGUGCUUAUUCGGUUGUACACCAUCUCCAAACAAAAUGACAGGUUUCAAUCCCUUACAUAAUGUUCGCUGCGGUAAACCGUAGCACUUCAUUUAAACUAGUUAAUAGAUCGUGUACAACUGAAUUAUGUACCACCAAUGGCUAAGAGUUCGAUUCAGGCUGAACGCAGCAAAAUAAAAAUGCAAUAAAUAAAAUGAAAUGUAUAAUUUGAAGAAUAACGUUCAUAGUUGCAUGCGAGAUACAUAAUAUUAGGAGAGGCUGCUCGCGCAUUCCGAGGAACGCUUUCGGCUUUGCUCACACAUCGCAAUCUGUGACGCGGCAAUGUCGCUACGAACUCAUUUCUAGCAAUAAGCGAAAAUUCCAGCGCACUUUCGCUGCAGGACUGAUACGGCCGGCCACUUCGGCAUGCGCGCGCAUCCGUUUCACUGCGCUUCCAUCCACGCUGCGGUAUUACACAAUGUCGCUACAGACUCAUUUCUUGGAAUGGGCGAAUGUUCCAGCGCACUUUGGUGCAGGACGGAUGCGGCUGAUCGCUUCGGUUCGCGCAUACAUCUGUUCAACUGCACUUCUAUCACUACUUCUGCGGUUUGCCCUGCUGCGUUUAGUCUGAAUCGUUCUUUAUCAUUAUCAAUUAGGGUGAUGUCCAAGUUUAUAUUGGUAUGGAUUUAUUAAGUAUACCACUGGCGGUCGUUCUUUGUAUGUAUAUUGGUCUGAUGUAUAUUUAACAGAUACUAAAUUACAGCUGUUGCUCUUGAUGUAAUUCAUGGGAAUUCUGCAUUUUUAUACCUUGUAUUUAAAAAAUCUAAAUAAAUAUUUUCGCCCAAGCUGCGAAUUUCGGUACGAUAUGUUUUGAAUCGAGACAGUGUUAGAUUUUGCAGGUCUCGGUUAUUUAAUCAACUUUAAUCUCAUAUAAUAAGUACCCUGACAGUAAGUUUUCAUGUUAAAAACAUGCCUUUACUAUGUUAAUCGACCAUUUGUAAGUGCAUAAACAGUGCAUUGAAAAGUUUCACUACAGCCUGUUUAUACCUAGGUGUACGUACGUAAUACAUAAUUUAAACAAAAUUGUAACCCAUAAUAUCACCUUUGCAUCUGGGAUUAAUUAAGUACUAGAUAUUACAUUUAUAUUUAAAGCUUUGUUUAUGUCACGUAUUGUACAUAAUUACGUAUACAAAAAUCUAUGUAAAAAUGUAUCAAUUUCAAUUUUAUUAUCCAAUGAUGUGUUUCGUUUUAUAGUUUCGUGUUUUAAUUGAAUGUUUAUAUUGUGAAAUGCAAAAUAAUAUGUAUAUAAGUAAUAAUAUGUUUUUACUGUUCAAAAGACUUCAGAUUUUCUACUUUUGUCUAUGAAAUAAAAGCGAGCGAACUAUUUUUACGUUGUAAUGUAUAGCCUGUGAUAGCCAGUCUCAAAUUCAAUAUUACUUUGUGAUUCCAGAUUUUUUAAAUGAGUAGAAAAUCUGUGGCUUAAAAAAUCCAGAUUAUUAUUAAUCGAGUGGUGCGAAGUGAAGAAGUCUUGUCGCGCUUAAAUUCUCUUUAGUUAGUAAAAGACACUAUUUUUAGUAUCGGCUAUCGAUUUCAGCCUUUUUUGAUUUGCAAUUUUCCUAUAUUUUAUUGGCAUCUUUCAUUGUAACUAGAACAUUUAUAUCCUUGAGAUUUGUCUAACUUAUUUCAAGUAUAUAUCUAUAGUUUUCGAGGACAGAUGAAUACUAAUAUUUGAGCAUAAUAUAAAUUCACAAGCAAUGAAGUAUUUUCAAUCAAUUUGUAAUGACUCGAAGUCCGCGUACGUUGUGAACUCACUUGUAAGGCAAACUUUUGAUACAGGCUAAAUUAGGUGGUUUUUGGAUAUCUCUUAUAAUGAGAUAAUUAAUUCGCCUUCGCAUUCUUUGACCACAGAAAUCAUAAUAAGUAUAGAAGUGUUAAUGAAGCGUGAGAUUGUCGCGCGCCGAUAGGCCCAUUAUUGCGUCGAUGUAAAAGUAGACUUAUUUUCAUAUACUUUUGUAAGAAUGUGUUGCCCAAAAUCGGCCACAAGCAGUCACUCAUUUCUAUUACCUUAUUUGGAGUUCUGUGGUUUCCACCUUGUAUAGCGAUUUGUCAUUCGUCAAUAGAUAGUAAUUAUUGUUGAAAAAUACGAAAACAUUAGACGGAUUUUAUUGAUAGUUUGACCUUACCUAAAAUAUAAGUUUAAGUAUCAAUAUUUGGCUGUCGGGAAUAGAUAAAUUAUGUAAAUAUUAUGAAUUUUGCAACUUAUUACAAAGUUGAAUAUUGUUGAGUAAUUAAAUAAAUUUUCUUAUUAGUUUUCCUGGAAGUGCUGUUAUCCGACUUAUCCCAAGAUAGUUGUGCCUAUGUGAAAUUAGAUAAUAUUGUGAUCACAGAACCACAAAAAAGGCACAUUAAUUGCUUCCACCUGGUUAAGCUUUCUAUUGUAACCUUUACUGGUUUAGCAUAAUAAUUAUGUAACUAUGACACCAUUAGCUCCUAUUUUGCGAUAAAUUUAAAAAAAAUGUUUAUAUGCGAAACAUGCCAA